AUGAGCCGAAAGCGCGAGGUCCCGUACGAGAGCGACGCGUCCACGGAUCCGCCCGACAGCAGCUCCGAGGGUGGCGAGGCCAUUGACAGUGACAUGAAGCGGCUACGUGUUGCCUAUAACUACGACGGUGCUCACGGUGUGCGGUGGGCGGGCGAAGCUACUGCCAUGGACACAAACAUGGAGAUCCCCCGAGCCAGAGCGGUGCGCAGCGACUACGCCGAGGCCAACACCAUGCUGAGGGAGUUCCACUACCUGCGCCAGCUGCGCAAGUUCCAGGCCGAACGGGGCCGCGCCCGGGCCAACUACGUGGCCGACUCCAUGAAGGAACCGACACCCAGAUAA